AGCCCGGGGGAGCAGCGGCGCCGGGGGAGCCCCGGCAGCGGCCGCCGCCAUGAAGAAGCAGUUCAACCGCAUGAAGCAGCUCGCCAACCAGACCGUGGGCAGGGCUGAGAAAACGGAGGUGCUCAGUGAAGACCUGCUGCAGAUCGAGAGGCGUCUGGAUGCCGUGCGCUCCGUGUGCCACCUCGCCCAGAAGCGCCUGAUCGCGUGUCUGCAGGGCCAGCAUGGCACAGACCCCGACAAGAGACACAAAAAACUUCCUCUAACAGCUCUGGCUCAAAAUAUGCAAGAAGGAUCUGUCCAACUGAGUGAUGAAACUCUGCUGGGGAAAAUGCUGGAUACCUGUGGGGAUGCAGAGAAUAAACUGGCAAUGGAGCUCUCUCAGCAUGAAGUGCAGAUCGAAAGAGAAGUUCUAGAUCCACUGUGCCUGUUAACAGAGACAGAGAUCCCAAACAUUCAGAAGCAGAGGAAGCAGCUUGCAAAGCUGGUGCUGGACUGGGAUUCCGCAAGGGGAAGAUACAACCAAGCCCACAAGACUUCAGGAACAAAUUUCCAAGUGCAUCCUUCGAAAAUAGAAUCUCUUAAGGAAGAGAUGGAUGAAGCUGGAAAUAAAGUAGAGCAGUGCAAGGAUCAGCUUGCAGCAGACAUGUAUAGCUUUGUGUCCAAAGAAGGGGAAUAUGCCCGAUGUUUUGUUAUGUUAUUAGAAGCACAAGCAGAUUACCAUAGAAAAGCAUUAGCAGUCAUAGAAAAGGUCCUCCCCGAAAUUCAAGCCCAUCAAGACAAAUGGACUGAAAAACCAGCUUUUGGAACUCCGUUAGAAGAGCACCUCAAGCGCAGCGGGCGGGAAAUCGCAGUCCCUAUUGAAGCCUGUGUGAUGAUGCUUCUGGAAACGGGGAUGAGAGAGGAGGGCUUAUUCAGAAUUGCUGCUGGAGCCUCCAAGUUAAAGAAGCUGAAAGCUGCCCUGGACUGUUCCACUUCCCAGCUGGAUGAGUUUUACUCUGACCCCCAUGCUGUUGCAGGGGCCUUGAAAUCCUAUUUGCGGGAGCUGCCAGAGCCUCUGAUGACCUACAGCUUGUACGAGGAAUGGACACAGGCUGCAAGUAUUCAGGACCAGGAUAAGAAGCUCCAAGAGUUGUGGAGAAUUUGUAACAGGUUACCUGAGCAUUAUCGUGUUAACUUCAGGUAUUUAAUCAAAUUCUUAGCAAAGCUUGCACAGAACAGCGACGUCAACAAAAUGACUCCCAGCAACAUCGCCAUAGUGUUGGGCCCCAACUUGUUAUGGGCAAAGAAUGAAGGAUCCCUUGCUGAAAUGGCAGCAGCAACUUCAGUCCAUGUGGUAGCAGUUAUUGAGCCAAUUAUUCAGCAUGCAGACUGGUUCUUCCCUGGAGAUGAAGAUUUCAAUGUGUCUGGGGCAUUUGUGGCAGUUCCUGCUGUUAAUUCCAAUCACUUGUCACACACUGGGAAUGACUAUGAAUGUGGGACUCUGGAAAGGAAGAGGCCUGUUAGCAUGACUGUGAUGGAAGGGGAUUUGCUGAAGAAGGAAAGCUUUGGUGUGAAGGUUCUGGACUUCCCAGCGAACCCUCGGAGAUGUGGCACUGUAAACAGAAAGCACACAUCCCCGGCCUUCCAGCCCCCGCUGCCGCCCUCGGAGCCGGCCGGGCCGGCCGAGCAGCACCCGCCGGCUGGGGGGGCUGACUGCAGCCCUGGGGGGGCUGGGCUUGCUCUCUCUGCUGCCUCAGCAGAAUUCCAAACUCCAGGCACUGAGGAUGGCAGUGCCUCAAAAUCUAAGGACAGCACGUCCUCAGCCACUCCUCCCCCGGUGAGGAACGGUGGGCAGGCAGGGAGCAGCACCAACCAGCUCAGUGUUAACCAGCCCCAGAACGCAGCAGGGCCCAGUCCCCAUGCCCUGAGGAGAGCUGUGAAAAAGCCGGCACCAGCCCCCCCCAAACCAGCCAACCCCCCGCCGGGACAGCCAGGAAGCCAAAGCUCUUCCCCUGCUGCUCAGCCACCUUCUGUCUCUCCAAAACCACCUGCCAGAAGCUCUUCUCCUCCUGCUCAGCAUGCAAACCAAGGAGCAGCCCAGACCUCCACUUCCCAGGUUUCUGCACCUCGGAGAUACUCCAGCAGCCUCUCCCCAAUCCAAGCUCCCAGCCACCCGCCCCCUCAGCCCCCAACACAGGCAACUCCUCCACUGCAGCCCAAAGCAAACAGCCAAGCAUCUCCCGGCGCUGGCAGCGAGCACGGACCAGAGCAGCCCUGUUCCACCCUCGCGCAGACCCCCACACCACCCGACACCCCCCCGCUGGGCAAGCACCCCAGCAGCGCCCCAGCGCCCCAGCCAGCGACUCCAGAGCCCUGCCAGGCUCCCUCCUUACCUCAGAGUGGCACCCUGCCCCGGCCUCGGCCUGUGCCCAAACCCAGGAACAGACCCAGCGUGCCCCCUCCGCCUCACCCUCCCUCUCAGCUGCCUGCAGAUGGGAUUGUUGCAAAUCCCACACAAACAGCUUCUAAAAUAGUCACAGACUCCAAUUCCAGUAUUCCAGAACCACUUCCAAACCCUCCUUCAGAGCUUCCUGCGGAGCCGGCGAGCAGGGACCUGCACAACCACCUCCUGCUGGACAUCGACAACGACACGGAGAGCACCGCGCUGUGACGGGAGCGCCGCGGCUCCCCGGCCUUCCUCUCCUGGGGGAAAACCCUCAGACCGAGCAGGGAAGAGCUUCUUCUGACAGCGUGGCAGAACUGUGCCUGGUGCAGGACUGGUGCACC